CAAACAACUUUCGGAAAUCAAGAAUAGAAAUAAGAAAUUACCAAAGAAAUGAUUACCAAAGAAAACCCUACCAACCAAGGGAUAUGUCCAAAGUAAAAUGUUACAACUGUGAAGAAUAUGGACAUUAUAAAAGAGACUGUCAAAAAACUAAAAAAGAAUCGUUUAAUAGAUUCCAACCAAAAAGGUUUCAACUACGAAAAAACAAUAAUAACAGAACAUCAUUCAGAGGAAGAGGAAAGUUCCAAAAGGGAAGACCCUUCAGAACAAAUAACAAUAACCGAUCUAACAAUAAUCGAAGAUUUAAUGGACAAAAAACUAGAAAUGUUCAAUUCAGAAAUAACCCACAAAGAAACAACAAUUUCAGAAACAAAAGAGUAAACAACAUGAGAACCACCGACACCAACAAAGAAAAAGGAAAUAACCAAAAGAAAAACUUUUUCAACAAGAAAAUAAAUCAUUACCAAGAAGAAGAAUACGAAG